CUACGUAGGCUGAGCUCCAUGAACCUCAGGGAAGGGGCUGUUUCAGGGUUUGGCUUAGAGAUCCUCAUCCUGGUAGUUAUUUUGCUGGGAAAGAACAUUCAAGUGCUCUGCCUACGUAGAGUCCUGUGAAGCAGUGGAAUAUCAUUCUCAAAUAGAGAACAUGGACGAAGAUGGAUAUACUCAAUUAGACUUCAGCACUCGAAACAUCCACAAAAGACCUGUAAAAUCAGAGAAAGGAAGCCCAGCUCCAUCUUCUCGUUGGCCGUCCAUUGCGGUAGCUUUAGGAAUCCUGUGCUUGCUCACAGUAGUGGUCGCAACAGUGCUGGGUGCCCUAGCAUUUCGGAGAUUCAAUUCAGGGAGAUAUCCAGAGGAGAAAGACAACUUCCCAUCAAGAAAUAAGGAGAACCACAAACCCACAGAACCAUCUUUAGAUGAGAAGGUGGCUCCCUCCAAGGCAUCCCAAACUACAGGCGUCUUUUCUGGACCUUGCCUUCCCAAUUGGAUCAUGCAUGCCAAGAGCUGUUAUCUAUUUAGCUUCUCAGAAACUUCCUGGUAUGGAAGUAGGAGUCACUGUUCCCAGCUAGGAGCUCAUCUAUUGAAGAUAGACAACGCCAAAGAAUUUGAGUUCAUUGAAAGCCAAACAUCUUCUCACCGUGUUAACUCAUUCUGGAUAGGUCUAUUUCGCAAUCAGAGUGAAGGGCCGUGGUUCUGGGAGGAUGGAUCAGCAUUUACCCCCAACUCGUUUCAAGUCAGAAAUACAGCUCCCCAAGAAAGCUUACUACACAAUUGUGUUUGGAUCCAUGGGUCAGAGGUCUACAACCAAAUGUGCACUGCUUCCUCAUCCACUAUCUGUGAGAAGGAACUGUAAAAUGUAAUGUAUGUGAGAGUGUAAAGGUGGUAUGCAUGUGUGUGUGCACGAGCACACACACCCGCACACAUCACCACCACCAUAACCACCAACACAACCAACAACAACAACAACAACAGCAACAGCAAAACAGAACAGAACAGAACAGGAAAGAUGAAUAUUGAAAAUCAGAGAAAACGCUGAAAUGCUAAGAGACUUUAACCUCAGCUGAGAACUUGGAUGCAGAAGCUAAGACUUCUGCACUUGCCAGCUUCAUAAAGAAGGCAGUGCUAUCUUCCAGUUAGUAAGCCACUAGAUGUGAAAUGAAGGCAGCUCAGAAAUAGGGAAUAUGUGAACAUGAGGUAUCCUAACCCAAAUGCCACAACCACAACAAAACCCCUACACCAUCAGGAAAUAGUGUAGAGGGGGGCUGAAGAGUCUAAGAGUCAGAGGACCAGCAUGCCUACUGCUGGUGUCUUCUAGACAGGACUCACUUCCAGGAACUGAGUACCCAGGUAAUAACAAUACAAUUUAGCAAACAAGAUGUGCAUAAUAACAACCUCAGUUGGUAUGCCAAUACAGAUGUAGAAAUUUCACAGGGUCCUACUCCCCACAUGAAGGACUACAGGCCAUUAAUGAUUCUCAAAGAGGGAGAGAGCUUUCCUCAGGAACAAGCCUCCUGAUGGGUUCCUGAACCCCAAGCAGUCAGCACUGAACACACGUACAGAACAGUAUCAUUGAACCAGUAAGACAUAUGCAUAUAUGUUAAUCAAAAGGUAUUACUGGAGUACACACUGUGUUUGCAUGAUUUGCUCAGUGUCUAGCAGUACAUCAGACACAGGGAGAAGGCAUAAUGCACUUCUAAAUUGAGACGUGAAGGGAUGAGGGAAGAAAAUCUUCACUAUAACCAGAGCUUUUAUUUUCAUCCACAUGAUCACUAUUAAGAUGAUCAUCACUCAAACGUAGUGACCCAAGCUUCUUCCCCAACUAGAUAACCCAGAGAGUCUGCCCGCCUUUUCUGAUAGCAAAAUCUGCUACGACAAGGUGCUUCCCUCACAGGAAGCACUCUCCUUAAAUGUUAGAGUUGGAAAGAUAAAUGAUAUCGGAUAGUGGAUAUUUAAAAGGCACCCAGUCAGGAUUCGUGUUUUUGAGCACAGAAUGUAUUUCAUCUUUUUAGGACAUACUAUUUUGCAGUUAACAAUCAAUUCUUUAGUCAUUUCCUUACAAACGUGCGACUGGAAUGUGACUCUGUUUCCUAGUGUGACCUGCCUUGCUGCCUUCUAAGAUUGUCCAUUAAUGCCACCCAUAUUUCCUGUGUGAAUUUCCAUAUUGCUGGGGAUCUAUUUGUAGCUUCCUCAGACUGAUCAAUGUGUGGGUAGAAAUUGUUCUGAGUCCACUGAAUUAUUCACUUGAAAAUGAUUGGUUUUAUGUCACUUUCAUCUUAACUGAAGAAAAAAAAAACCUGCUUAUUAAAGGACCUUUGGCCUCUGGAUAACUUGCCUAUAUGUAGCAAUCACUAACAUAAUUCUUGCCUUCUCCCUAAAAAGUUGAUGAAUUUGAUACUAGGAAAUGUGUAUACUAGAUAGUUUUUCACUGAAGCAUAAACUUGGGUUCUUAAAGAUGUUAUAACGUCUCCAAGAAAAAAAAUAAACAUUUUUGUGAGGUUUGCUCUCA